AUGCCGCUCAAGGUCCUCAUCGUCGGUGCGGGUAUCUGUGGGCCGGCCUUGGCGACGCUACUGCGGCGUUCCGACCCGGAGAACAGUAUCACGGUUGUGGAACGAUACCCGGGAAUACGGCAUAACGGUUUACAAAUUGAUCUCCGGGCAUGGGGUGUACCGAUUAUGAAACGGCUUGGGCUUAUCGACGCCGUGAAAGAGAAGUGUGUGCAUGAAAGCGGUAUAACCUUCGUCGACUCCAAGGGUAGACAACACGGCCUGUUCGGCGCUGCAGGAACUGAAACCGGCCAGCAGUCUUUCACCAGCGACUUUGAGAUCCUGCGUGGCGACUUGUGUCAGAUUCUCUAUGAUGCUAGUCUCCAGGAUUCAGAUGGAAACCAAGAGAGUACUCCUGAGGACGAAAAUGGACCCGGCGUCAGCUACUUAUUCGGCGCGACGGUCACGCGAUUAGACCAAGAUGAAAAGGGGGUGGAUGUAACUUUCUCAGAUGGUCGGACGAGGCGGUACGACCUAGUAGUCGGAGCUGAUGGCCAAUGGUCGCGAACACGGCGCAUGAUAUUUGGCGAAGAGGCUGGGCUCGACAUGUUCAAGCGCCUGAACGUCUACGUCGCGUACUAUACCAUUCCAAAAGAACCCGGGGAUGAUAGCCUGGCGCGCUUCUACCACGCAGGAAAAGGACGUGGCCUGGCCACGCGCACGGGUGACCGGCCUUAUACGCAAGUCUACUUGAUGGUGUACACAGAGUCAGAAGAGGUGCGACGAGGAAUUGAGCGGCAAUCCGUAGAGGAGCAGAAAGAAACUUUCGACAAAAUAUUCCGUGGUUCUGGGUGGCAAAUGGAUCGCUUCCUCAAGGGGAUGGCCGAAUCGACAGACUUCUACGCGGACUCUAUCGGGCAAAUCAAAGCGCCUCAUGUAGUUAAAGGUCGCAUUGCGUUGAUUGGCGAUGCGGGUUACUGCGCAGCGCCGGUAACAGGAAUGGGCACGACAGUCUCCUUAAUGGGCGCCUGGACACUGGCUGGAGAGCUAGCGCGACAUAAAGGCGACGUACCGACCGCUCUAGAGGCCUACGAUGUCAAGAUUCGUCCAUACAUCGACGAGGCCCAGAAGCUCAUGCCUGGUAUACCCAAAAUUAUGACAUUAGAGUCGAACUGGGCUAUCUCCCUUCUGCACCUCAUUGUAUCGAUUAUCUCGUUCUUCAAGAUAGACAAGAUACUCAUGCGUCUCGCGCCCGAAGAAAAGGGUGGCAUACCAGUCCCGGAGUAUCCAGAGCUCAAGGGAGUGCAUCCUGCAUGA